AUGAGUGUGGCCGGUGAUUCGUCUUUGUAUGAAGACAAAAUUGUGUUGGCUCCUAUGGUACGGGCGGGACGCACACCGUUGAGGGUUCUUGCAUUAAACUAUGGUGCAGAUCUAUGCUAUACUGAGGAAAUUGUCGACCAGAAGUUGUUAUCGAGUAAACGUGUCGUUAACAACACAUUAGGAACUAUCGACUAUUGCAUCCUGGAUGACAUAGUUCUGCGUAUUGCUCCAUCUCGAGAACAAAAACGUUGCAUUCUACAAAUUGGUACGAAUAAUGGAUGUAGUGCAGCUCAAGUCGCGAAAAUUAUAGGUACGGAUGUAGCUGGCAUCGACGUCAACAUGGGUUGUCCUAAGCCAUUUUCUGUACACAGUGGAAUGGGAGCAGCUCUUCUUACACGAGUGGACAGAAUAAAAGAAAUUUUGACGACUCUUACAACGGUGUCGCAGGUCCCCGUCUCUUGCAAGAUCAGGGUUUUAGAUGAUCAAUCAGAAACAUUGAAUCUUGUUCGUGAAAUCGAAAAGUGCGGUGUAGCAGCCAUAGGAGUUCACGGUCGUCGAAAGGACGAACGCGAUCCGCAUCCGUGUCGUCUCAAUGAAAUCAGAGAGAUUGCCAGAACAGUCAGCAUACCAGUAAUUGCUAAUGGUGGUUCUGGUGAAAUAUCAUGUUAUGAAGAUAUCCUCAAAUUUCGUGAUGAAACCGGAGCAUCGUCAGUAAUGAUCGCCCGCAAAGCCCUUUCAUGUCCAUCACUAUUUCGUCAUGAAGGAGUCCUUCCUUUUGAUGAAGAUGUAGUGAACUUUUUAGGCUUGGCUUGUGAGUUCGACGAAAACUACACUAUGACUAAGUACGUCGUACAACGGAUACUUGGCGGUAAACAGGAAUCUGAUCCUAGAGGACGACAAACAGUGUUAGCUGGUAGUAAUCAGGAGAUUUGUCGAGCAUGGGGAGUCGAAGGCGUAUACGAACAAUGUCGGACAAAGCGACAGCGAAUGCAAUGUAAACGAUUGCUUCCAGAUGCAUCUGAAUGGGAAUAUCACGAUGUGACGUUUCCUUUAAAACGAUUGAGGGACGCUCAAAAUGCUAGCUACACCCCUAAAUGUGUUUUGUUCAAGUACUGUAAGGACAUGAAAGCGCAAAAUCCUAUCUACACUUCGCACCGACGAGAAGAAGACAAACGUUACGAAGGAAGUGUAGAAGUGAUGGGCAAAAAAUUUAGAUCGCGAAAAGGUCAACCAAACAUAAAAAUGGCGGAGCAGGUUGCAGCGCUUGCAGCACUAAUUGGUCUAAACAUACGACACCUACUUCGAGGGGAAUGGGAAGAGCAGUAA